AUGGGAAAGUGGGGUAAAUAUUUAAAGCAUUAUAAUGCUAAAUGGGAAUCCGAAGAAGAACUCAAAGGUUGGCUUACUGCUUCGUCUGAAGAGGACAUAGCAAAUGGGAAACCAGAAGCAUUUUGUAAAUUGUGCAAUUGCCACAUUCGUGCUCAUCACGGCGAUUUGAUUGCGCACUCGAAACGUGUAAAACACGUGGAGCGAGAGAAGGCGCUUAACAGGAAACAACAGAAACGUUUGCACAAUUACAACGUUGUCAUUGAAGAUAAAGACAAAAUUUUAGAAAUAAAAUUGUCUGUCUUCGUCGCGCUGCAUUGUGCCGUCAGAGGUGUUGACCAUCUUUGCGAAAUGCUAAAACUAAUCGCAAAAGGAUCCCCGCAGCUGGAAAACCUUAGGCUUCAUCGAACAAAAUGUUCAACGUUGUUGGCUAAUGUGAUUUCCCCAGUGCAAUUACAAGAACUCAUCAGUGACAUCGGAGAUUGUCCAUACGCUCUAAUAGUCGACGAAUCGACGGAUGUUUCGGUAACGAAAUUUAUGGGUGUAUGCGUCCGUUAUUUCAGUUUGAACCAUAAGAAAAUGGUCACCGAUUAUCUGGGAAUCAUCAAGGUUGUCAGUUGCACUAGCGAAAAUCUGGCCAAUGCUCUAAAGAAGUAUCUUUCUUUAAUUGGACUGCCUUUCUCUCAACUGUAUGCAAUUGGCACCGAUAGUGCCACCAAUAUGUGCAACACUUUCUAUGCUUGUUUGAAAAGAGAACUUACGCAUUUGCAAUUAAUUCGAUGCGUUUGUCACAGUCUUGACAAUUGUUCCAAAUAUGCUAACAAAACUGUCCCCAAUCACCUUGAAUUUAUUCUCACAGAAACCUAUGACUGGUUUUCUCUUAGUUCAAAACGACACGGAGAAUAUGAUGAAUUUUUUAAGGAAAGACAUGAUGGAAAGUCUCCUGCAAAAUUGCAAAGCCUGUCAAAAACGCGCUGGCUUAUAUGGCUACCUGUUUCAUCUGUCGUCUUAGAUCAAUGGGACGAUCUUCGUGAUUUUUUCGUGCAAACAACAGCAUCUCAGCCUCAGGAUUUUAAGCGAGCACUUUAG